UCCAUAUGUGUAGUAAACACAGUUAAGUAAUUAAUUCAAUUCAUCAUCAGAGCAUCAGAUGCCCAAUCAAACAAACUACCGCCAACCGCCUACUUCCAAUUCCAUCUAACCAAGUCAACUCAACUCAACUCUCCCCCCUCCACCAUUCCCAUCCUCACCUCCUCAUACCAUCAUCAAGAUAUAUAUACAACACACACACCACCAUCCAUCAAUUACCUGACCAGAACCUCCCAAUGGAUACAAUCAACUCCUUCAAGGGCUACGGCAAAGUGGACCAGGUCGAACAAGCUGCCUUCAGAAGAAAAACCCGCAACCGCAUCCUCAUCCUCACCGCCUCCCUCCUCAUCCUCGCCAUCCUCAUCGUCGUCGGAGCUGUCGUCGGAGUUUCACUCCACAAAAACAAAAAGAACAAGGCCCCAUCUGUUCCAGCUUCCCUUAAGGCCAUCUGCAACCUCACCCAGUACCCCGAUUCCUGCUUCAACACCUUGCACUCUUCCAAUUCCUCCGACCCCAAACUCAUCUUCAAGUUUUCCCUCUCUGUGGCCAUGGCCGCUCUCCAUGACGUCUCCACUCAUUUCCCCGACAACUACAUCAACAAAACCGAUAGCCCCUUAAUCCAAGAAGCGCUCAGAAUCUGCGGCACGGUGCUGAGCGACGCCGCCGAAUCCCUCACCGACUGCAUUUCCGCCAUUGAUGAUGGCGACAAGCUUCAAGUCAGCGACUUGAGGACGUGGCUGAGCACCGUUAUCACAGACCAGGAAACGUGUUUCGAUGCGCUGGACGAGGUAAACGCCGAUUUUGUUGACGAAAUCAAGCUUCUGAUGAACAAUUCCACGGAGCUCGCCAGCAAUAGUUUGGCCAUCGUUUCGAAGGUUCUCGGAUUCUUAGACAAGUUCAAAAUUCCGAUCCACCGGCGCCUCCUGGAAGCCACGGAACCCGCCGGCUUUCCGUCGUGGAUUUCAGCUGGGGAUCGGAGGCUCCUCCAGGCAAGCAAUCCGAGGCCGGAUGUCACGGUGGCGAAGGACGGUAGCGGGACUGUUAGGACUCUGAAAGAGGCGGUGGCGAAGAUCCCCAAGAAGAGUAAAACGCGUUUCGUGAUUUAUGUGAAGGCGGGCACGUACGUCGAAAAUGUAGUCUUGGACAAGUCUCACUGGAAUGUCAUGAUUUACGGCGACGGCAGCACCCGCACCAUUGUUUCCGGCAGCAAGAAUUUCGUCGACGGCACUCCGACCUUCUCAACCGCCACAUUCGCUGCCGUCGGAAAAGGAUUCAUCGCCAGAGACAUCGGAUUCAAAAACACCGCCGGAGCAGCAAAGCAUCAGGCGGUGGCCUUCCGAUCGGGAUCCGACCAAUCCGUCUUCUUCAGAUGCUCAUUCGAUGCAUUUCAAGACACUCUCUACGCUCACUCCAACCGUCAAUUCUACCGUGAUUGCAACAUUGCCGGCACAAUCGACUUCAUAUUUGGCAACGCCGCCGUGGUGUUCCAAAAAUGCGUCAUCUCCCCCCGACAGCCGCUGCCCAAUCAAUUUGUGACCAUCACUGCGCAGGGGAAGAAAGAUCCGAAUCAGAACACGGGCAUUUCCAUUCAGAGGUGCACGAUGAGUCCACUGGACAGGCUGACGGCCCCAACCUACUUAGGUAGGCCGUGGAAAGAUUUCUCCACCACUGUAAUAAUGCAAACAGAGAUUGGGGGAUUCUUGGACCCUGGGGGGUGGAUUUCGUGGGUUAAGAACGUGGAUCCACCGAGGUCAAUAUUUUACGCGGAGUACCAAAAUACUGGGCCUGGAUCAAGCAUCGGCAAUAGGGUGAAGUGGCAGGGGUAUAAACCCAGUCUGACCGCAGCCCAGGCCUCGAAGUACAACGUACAGACAUUCAUUCAAGGCCCGUCAUGGUUGCCAGCUCAGAUGGUGACAUUUGACUCAACCUAGCCUAAGCCUAAGUAGCAUGAUUGAUUUUUGCACGUCCAAGUCCAACAUCUUGCAUCUAUUGUACUGUAUUCUUGAACUUGUACACUUUUUUUGGUUCGUCCGAAUUCCAUCAUCAGUAACAGUAUCAAUAUACAUGUCUAUGUGUA